CCAAAUAUGAAAGAAGUAGUUAGAGAAGAGGUCAUAAAAUUGUUAGACGUAGGUAUCAUUUACCCUAUUUCUGAUAGUCAAUGGGUUAAAAAUGCUUUUGACUUUGAUAAUAAUUGCCAUGUUGCCUUUGAAAAAUUAAAAAAUUUGUUGACUACUGCACCCAUUAUUCGACCUCCUGAUUGGAAAAUACCUUUUGAAAUAAUGUGUGAUGCUUCUGAUUAUGCUAUAGGUGCUGUCUUAGGACAAAGACUUGAAAAAAUACCUCAUGUAAUUUACUAUGCUAAAUUUGACUUAGAAAUACGUGAUAAAAAAGGAUCUGAAAAUGUUGUUGCUGAUCAUUUAUCUAGACUAGUUGUUGAAACUAUACAUGAUUCCACCCCUAUCACUGAAACUUUUCCUGAUGAACAAUUGAUGCAUGUUUCUUCCUUGCCUUGGUAUGCUGAUAUUGUUAAUUAUUUGGUCACUAAAGAAAUACCAUCUCAUUGGUCUAAGCAUGAUAAAUCUAAAUUUUAUUCUGAGGUGAAAAACUUUAUUUGGGAUGAUCCUUACUUGUUUAAAUACUGCCCUGAUCAAAUAAUUAGAAGAUGCAUUCCAAACUGUGAUCAAUCUAAAAUCAUAUCUUUCUGUCAUGAUCAUGCAUGUGGAGGACAUUUUAGUGUCGAUUAUGUAUCUAAAUGGGUUGAAGCUAUUGCAUGCCACACUAAUGACCACAAAGUUGUGCUUCGGUUUUUGAAAGACAAUAUAUUUUCCCGUUUUGGUUCACCGCGUGCUAUAAUUAGUGAUAACGGUACACACUUUUGUAAUAAGCCAUUUGAACAUUUGAUGAAACAAUAUGGCAUUACACAUAAAGUCUCAACACCAUAUCACCCACAAACUAGUGGUCAAGUUGAAGUGUCUAAUAGGGAAGUUAAGCACAUUUUAGAAAAAACUGUGAAUGUUUUUCCACAUGGAGCUAUUGAAAUUGAAAAUCCUAAAAAUGGUGAUAUAUUUAAAGUUAACGGACAAAAAUUAAAACCAUUUUUAGAAUUAAAAACUGAUGAAGUGGAUGAGAUACUCCUUGAGGACCCUGUUUACCAUGCUCUUUGAUUCCUGUGUGAUCUUGAUAACUUGUGUUUUAUUUGUAUUGUUGUUUUAUGUGUGAUUUAAUUUUUGUUUGUUGUAUCCUCUACUCUCUUAGCGGUGCACCAUAUCGAGGUACGACCAUUCUAAACUCUAAACUCUUGUCAAUUUUAAUUUAUAUUUACAUUUUGACACAUUGAGGACAAUGCUUAAAUUAAGUUUGGGGGUAUCGAGUUUAUAUGGUUAUUAUCAUUAAGGAGAGUAUGAUUUAUUUUGUUUAUGCUUUACGUUGUUUUUAAUUUUUAUAUUUUGUGUUAAUUUUUGUUUUUAUUUAUGUUUGUAUUUGAAAAAAAAAAAAAAAAAAUUUGGUGAUUUUUUUUUCAUUUUCAAUGAUAAAAAUCUUGAUUGAGUUUGAGUUUAGUUCUCUUAAAAAUAUGAAUAAUUCUUAAGCUUUGUUUUUAAUUAUAGGGUCAAUUUUGCUUGUAACAAAAAUUACAUUUUUCAUAACAAGAACACUCUUAUUUCCUAUAAGUUUAAGUGAAAAAUAAUUUUAAUGAAAACCUAUUUUCUAAAAGCAAAAUUGACAAUUUAAUUAUUUACAUAAGCUUAUCUUUUAUUCAUAAUAAUUUUUGAGAUUUAUUUUCAUUGUGCAAUUUUUGAGAAAAUCCUUUUUAUAUCACCAAUAAAAAUUGUGUGUUUAUUUUUUCUUUUGCUUGAGGACUAGCAAAA